CUAGUUAAGGCUGAAAGUGAAUGCAUUUUUACAGCUGAAAUCCUACUUAUCAUUUUCUGUCUCAUUUCAACCCCAGAUAACAAAGUGGAAUGGGUUUAUAUAAGCUAUCUCCUGCUGACUGCUUAGUCAUAUGAUUUUCAACUUCUGCUACGGUAUAUUUGAGAUUGCAAAGAAGUGAGCAAUGUCAGCCAAUUGAAUAUUCAUAGUAUGGCUGAACAAGCUACUCAUGGUGUGUGAGUCUAUACUCAACCUCAGCCAAUCUUUUAAGGGGAAAUGGAAGAACACAAAGUAGUGCAAACCAAGCAAGGAAGUCUGAGGGGAUCAGUCAAAUACUCCUCUUUUAGUGACAAGAGAUAUUACUCUUUUGUUGGCAUUCCUUUUGCAAAACCACCCGUUGGCACCCUCAGGUUUAAGGACCCUGAACCAUUUGGUGAAUGGACUGGUGUACGGGACGCUCUACAAGAUGGGAACAAAUGUAAGCAAGGUAUCCUAGUUCGCAACCCUGGAGUAGACCCCAACAAUAUCUCAGAAGUUGGGGAUGAAGACUGUCUUUAUCUUUGUGUUUUUACCAACAAGCUCCCAGAGGAAAGCCCAACUAGAAGUCCUGUGAUGGUUUACAUUCAUGGGGGAGCGUUUGCUGGGGGCUCCGGGAUUUCCAAGAGCAUAAACCCUGAAUUUUUGUUGGAGGGGGACACUGUACUUGUAACAAUCAACUAUCGCUGUGGUGCCUUUGGAUUCCUCUCUCUUGAAAAUGAAGAGGUUCCAGGCAACGCAGGACUCAAGGACCAAACAUUGGCUCUCAGAUGGGUCCAAGACAACAUUGAUAUUUUCGGAGGAGACUCAAACAAUGUCACCAUCUUUGGUAUCAGUGCAGGAGGUGCUUCAGUGCAUUACCAUCUGCUGUCUCCUAUGUCUAAAGGUCUUUUCCACAAGGCAAUUAUUCAAAGUGGGUUCUGUCUGAUGAACGAAUGGUCCCUGCAAAGGUCCCCAAAUCAAUUGGCUUUCACAUUGGCAAAGAAAUUAGGAUUUGAAUCAGAAGAUGAUGCUGAAGUAUUCAGAUAUUUACAAACUGUGCCAAGUGAAGACAUUCUCAGUGCAACUCAUGAAUUCUGCAAAGACCAGGAAUACAUCACCUGGAUUGGCCUUCUGUUCACUGCCUGUGUAGAAACAGCAGGCUCCAACAAGUUUCUUCAUGACACUCCGACAAACCUGAUGAAGAGAGGAGAGUUCAGUAAAGUGCCUGUGAUUCUGGGAGCUGUGGAAAAUGAAGGAAACGUGCACACGUUUUUGUCUCAAACAUGUUUCAGUUUUGAUUCGAUACCUGAAAUCAUCAACAAUAGACCUGAACUGCUUGUUCCACCAUUCUUCAAACUAAAUCCUGGGAGUAAAGAAGAAAAAGAUGUCCAAAAAGCCAUUUGGGAGUUUUAUCUUAAAGGGGAACAACUGUCCUUAAAGAAUUUCCAGGAAUUUACUAAGUAUGAAAGUGAUUUUCUGAUAAUCGCAGGACUUGGUGAAACUAGAAGGUUGAUGCUGGAAAAAUCUAAAUGUCCAGUAUACACAUAUUUGUUCACCAACCACACAAAGUGCUUCUGUUCAGGUCUGUCAGGAAUGUUGGGUGCAGACAACCCUGUGCUUCCAUAUCUCUCGGGCCCAGGUACAUGCCAUGCAGCUGACAGUGUAUACUUAACCAAACAUGUCACUGAUAAACUGGAUUUGACACCAGAAUUCAAACAAGCUGUCAACAAACAUGUACAAGCUUGGACUAACUUUGCUAAAAGCGGAGAUCCGAAUGUGGCUGAGACAGGAGUGAGGUGGACCCCAGACUCUCAGUCCAGUCCCUGCUACAUGGACAUCGGGACUGACUGGACUGUCAAAGAAGGAGUGCCUUUUGCUGACAGAAUCAACUUUUGGCUGCAGCUUUCAGACAGAUAUUUGACUUAUUUUCAGAAACAAAGCUACACAGAUCAUCUGAAACCAUCUACACUCAUCCUUCCCUCUUAUUUUGGUUCAAAUACACAGGUGACGUCACCAUCUCAAUUGUCAGUUGAGAUGGAAGACUUUGUAGUGAUAGAAACUAAGCUAGGUAGUCUUAGAGGUAAGGUGUGCAAGACUGGUUUAUCCAACAAGAAAUACUACUCAUUCUUGGGCAUUCCUUAUGGACAACCACCCGUUGGUGCACUCAGAUUCAAGGCUCCCAGGCCAUUUGGAGGCUGGGAAGGCGUGAGGAACGCAUUGCAAGAUGGAGACUAUUCCAAACAAAGCACUCUUUUUACUAUAGUGUUUGAGGGCAAAUCCCCUGAAAAAGCUGCAGCAGGCGAUGAGGAUUGUCUUAACUUAGGAGUUUUCAUUAAUGAGCUUCCAGGAAACAUGAAGUCAAAGAGACCAGUGAUGGUCAGUAUUCAUGGAGGAGGUUUUGCACUUGGUUCUGGAAACUCAAACAUUUUGGGCAUGGAUUUCCUUAUGGAGGAGGACGUUGUAGUGGUGUCAUUCAACUACCGCUGUGGCGCUUUGGGAUUUCUUUCCCUGGGAACCGAAGAGGUUCCAGGCAACGCAGGACUCAAGGACCAAACAUUGGCUCUCAGAUGGGUCCAAGACAACAUUGAUAGUUUCGGAGGAGACCCAAACAAUGUCACCAUCUUUGGUAUCAGUGCAGGAGGUGCUUCAGUGCAUUACCAUCUGCUGUCUCCUCUGUCUAAAGGCCUCUUUCAUAAGGCGAUCAUGCAAAGUGGUUUUGCUCAGAACCUAUGGGCUUUCCAACCAUCACCAAAAACAGUAGCUCUGAAGUUAGCAAAGAUGUUAGGAUGCACGUCAGAAGAUCCGCAAGAAGUUUUAAGAUUCCUCCAGUCAGUUCCUUCUGAUGACAUAAUCAUUGCUCAGAGCACAAUUUGUGCUGAAAAGGAAAACAUUAAGAGCGGCUGCAGUGUUUUCUCCCCCUGUGUGGAAAUUAAAGGAAAAAAUAAAUUUUUAUCAGACACUCCCAAUAAAAUAAUGAGAAGUGGUGAAUACAACAAGGUACCCACAAUGUUAGGGGUGUGUCAGAAUGAAGGAUCAACAUUUCAAUCCAUCCCAUUGUUGACUGGGCUAAAAGUAGAAGAAAUUCUUUCUUUUAUUAAUUCAAGUCAUGAAAUUCUGGUUCCACAUUUCCUGAAUCUUCAGCCAGGAAGCUGCAAACAGAAGAAUGCUAUCAAAGACAUAACUGAAUUUUACUUCAAGAGAGAACCACUCACUCUAAAUAACUUCUCUAAAUAUGUAAAAUACCACAGUGAUCUCCAGUUUAAUCUUGGCUUUUCGGAAACUAGAAAAUAUUUGGUGGCAAACUCCUCCCUCCCAACGUAUUCAUAUUUCUUCACCAACCAUUCUGGAUGCUCUUCGAAGCGUAUACAACAGACUAUUCAACUAAGUUCUGGAUGCGUGUUCGAAUCAGAAACAUGCCAUGGUGAUGAUACGAUUUACAUCUACAAAUCUCCCCUCACUAUGCCUGAAUUGACUUCAGAAUACAGACAGGCUGUGUCAAAACAUGUCAAGGUCUGGACCACGUUUGCCAUGACAGGGAACCCUAACAGUGAGGCGUUAGGAGUUAAAUGGAAGCCAGACACUGAGUGCAGCCCCUGCUGCAUGGACAUUGGUACAGAGUGGCGGAUGAGAGAAGGUGUGCCUUUCACCGAGAGAACCAACUUUUGGCAUCAGCUCACCAAAAAUAAUUGUAAAUUAUAAGAUAGGUGAAUAA